AUGAAGGGCCCCAGAUCUAGUCGAUUAACUCGCAUUCUAGAGCUUAUACAGAGUAUUACACAUGGAAAUACUUUAAUAUCCAGCUAUUUAUUGAAUUGGUAUUGGCCAUUAAAUAAUAAUAGCAAUCAGACAUUAGUUCGAGCACAUGCCGUGACUCUUAAUAAUUCAUGUUCAUGUGGAACACUAAUAAAUUGUGUUCAACCUGGAGCUAUUUAUUCUUCAGCAAUGAAUAGUUCACAUUGGAUGAUGCCUGGAUUAAAGUUAGGUUGUUCCAUUGUUGACACAAUACGACAUUCAACACUCCAAUGUUUGUACAAUCAAACAUGUAUCGAUCUAUUGCAAUUCUUUGUUCAGAGAAUUCCUGAACGUCUUGAAAAUGUUACCAAUAUAACAGCUUUGGAUUCUAUGCUAGACACUCGUUAUCCGCUGGACACUAAUAUCUCUAAAAUUAGUUAUCAGUCAUUUUUUGAAGGAGGAGUACUGGAGAUCUCCUACGCGAAAUUCUAUAAACAAUGUGCUCCAAACUAUUGUUCUUAUACAUUUGAAAAACAUAAUAAUUAUCUGGUUAUUAUUUCACGAAUUUUAGCACUUUGGGGUGGACUUACUCUUAGUUUCGGGUUUCUUGUUCCAUGUAUUGUUCGACUGUGGUUCAAAAUUAAUACUUACCGUCAAAACAACAGAGUAUAUGCUGUUACUUAA